UAACCUCACUUUUUAAUGGCGGAUGCGCUUGCGUGAUGCCGGUUUCGUGUUAUUAUUGCAUGUAAUUUAGCGUCUAUUUCGUUGAACUUAAGCUACGAUUGAUUUUAAGUGUAAAUAUUAUAUUGGGAUUAUAGAAGAUGGUAGCGCCAAAGAAGGGUCGUGGUGCGAAAGCGCAGGCGGCUAAAGCCAAAAAUGUAACAGCGGCUGAAGAACAGGUACUGGGAACUGAGGUGGAACCCAUUGAGGGCAUUGACGAAAAUAAUGGUGACUCAGAGCAAGUGGUGCAGGGGGAUGACGCGAUCGGUCAGGAGGGCGCCACAGGGACCGCGGACGCUGACCAAAGCCAAGAGGCUGCCGAGGGUGAAGCUAAACCUGAAGACAAAAAGGAGGAGAAAGUGGAAUCUGGUAAAUUGCUUGUGGAGAACUUACCCUCAAGCUACCUCUUUGACUACCAAGAUAAGCUCAAGGAGUUGUUCUCCAAAUAUGGAGAAAUCGUCAGUGUUAAACGUGGUCCAAUCAUUGUUACUGAACUGACCACAACUCCGACAUUAUCGGCUAUAGUCGAAUUCAAAAACAAAGAGUCUCUGGACAAGGCCCUGACGGAGGAGGGCACGGUGCUGGACGGCAGCCCGAUCUCUGUGGCGGUGGAGUCCCGUGCCGAGACCGCAGUACUGGCGGGCGUGCCCUACGAGGCCAGCACAGACUAUGUCCGCCAGCUGUUCUCGCAGUGCGGCGAGGUCGCGCACAUACACGAGUUCAGCAAGACCAAGUACAAGAUACUGCGGGUGACAUUCCACGCUAAGGAGGCUGUGGAAAAGGCGCUGAAACUGGACAGGGAACUGCGCAUGAAUGGAUUCCUCUUAACCGUCUCCAAGUACAGAGACGAGGAUGAACAGAAGGCACAUUCCGCAAACGUUAACAAGUCCCGUAACCAACGCCAACCGCGCCAACAGGGAAAAAAUAUUAAUACAAAAAACUUGACGUUCAUAAAAAAAUCCUACAUGAAUAAUUUUUUGAUUUGAUCAGGUAAAGGUAUGUUUAAUUUAUAAAUAUGUUUGUUUGCAGCGCGUGGUCGCGGCGCGUUCGGAGGGCGCGGAGGCGCGUUCCCCCGUGGAGGCUUCGUCCCAGUCAACACAUACAUGCCACAGGGCUACAUGGGCCGACCUGGCGGGUUUAUGAAUGACGGACAGCAGCCGAACAAACGGGUCCGGAGAAUGUAACCGUAUUACAGAGACAUAAAAUCCAAUAUCGUGCGUCGUUGUCCUAUGUUCGUGUGUUUGUGCGUGUGAAGAGAGCGUCCCUGAGAGACUGCAGUGACAUCAGAUAAAUCUAGCUAAUUGUAUUUACUGAGUACAUGAAAUGAAAUAAAUAAUUGUAAGCUAUUGUCUUUUUGACAAUUAAUAAAUGUAAUUACUAACA